AUGAAAUCAUCAGGCCAAAACCAAAAGCCUCAUGCUGUUUGUAUCCCAUUCCCAGCUCAAGGCCAUAUAAACCCAAUGCUAAAUCUAGCAAAACUCCUUCACUACAAAGGCUUCCAUAUAACCUUUGUUCACACUGAAUUCAACUACAAAAGAAUAUUAUUAGAAUCAUCUGAUCAUGAAUCCCUAAAUUCUUCCUCAAGCUUCCGAUUUGAAACCAUCCCCGACGGAUUAAUAUCAUCGGAUGCACUAGCGAGUACGACUCAAGAUCUUACUGAACUAUGUGUUUCGACUCAGAAAAACUUGAGUGCUCCUUUUCGCAGCUUGCUUGAUAGGAUUGAUCAGUCCACUGACGAUGAAAAUAUUCCUGCAGUAAGUUGUAUUGUUUCGGAUGGAUUUAUGUCCUUCACCAUUGAUGCUGCUGAACAACUCGGAAUCCCUCAUGUCUUGUUUUAUACUCUUACUGCCAUGACUGUGCUCUGUUUUUUCCAAUACUAUCCGCAAAUAAUUGAAAGACGGAUUUCACCACCUAAAGUUGAUUGGUCUAAUUUAUGGAGAAAUGACUCCGAUUGCAUUGAAUGGCUCGAUUCCCGAGAUCCAGCAUCGGUGAUUUAUGUUAACUUUGGUAGCACAACGGUGAUGACGAGUAGACAAUUUGAAGAAUUUGGUUGGGGACUUGCUAAUAGCAUGAAGAAUUUCUUGUGGAUAGUUCGACCCGAUCUUGUUAUCAGUGAUGAUGUGGUUCCUCUCCCUCUCCCGCCCGAAUAUCUUUUUCACGUUCAAGAUAGGGGCAAAAUAGUAACUUGGUGUGACCAAGUUUUAGUGUUGGAACACCCAGCUAUUGGGGGUUUCUUGACUCAUUGUGGAUGGAACUCGAUUUUUGAAAGCUUGUCUCUCGGGGUGCCAAUGCUUUGUUGGCCGUUUUUCGGGGAUCAACAGACGAAUCGCAUGUGUUGUUGCAAGAAGUGGGGAGUUGGUAUUGAGAUAGAGGAAGAUGUGAAGAGGGAAGAAAUUGAGAGGAUUGUGAAGGAGGUCAUGGAGGGUGAAAAGGGAAAAGAGAUAAAAAGAAAAGCAAUGGAGUGGAAACAGGAAAUUCAAAAGGCUGUUAAUCCGAAUGGUGGAUCUUCAUACUUGAACUUGGACAAGCUGAUUGAAGAAGUGCUUUUGUGCUGAUUCUACAU